AUGAACGAGAGAAUGAUCUUUGACAGGUUCCUCAAAGGUCGACGGCUGCUGAAGAUCCUGUCCCUCAUCCCCGUGGCUCUUCUCGCGCUGUUCAUCCCCUGGAAGCCUGACUUCACAGUACCACAGCAGCUCUCCGCUGACUUGCCAGCCUGUUCUUCUAUCCUCACAGGAGACCUGGGGAACCACAAGGAGCACUUGGAGGUUCUUCUGUCUUCCGUGCAGAGGCGUGUACUACUAUCAGAGGACUUCUACAUAAACGUGACUCAGGAGUGUGAAGCCUAUGUUGCCCACAGAGGCUUCUUCAUGUUUCCACUCAGUGAGGAGGAGAGGGAUUUCCCCAUCGCGUACUCCAUGGUGAUCCACGACCAGAUCGAGAUGUUCGAGCGCCUCCUGCGGGCCGUUUACGCCCCUCAGAACGUUUACUGCGUGCACGUGGAUCGGAAAUCCACAAAGAAGUUCCACUUGGCCGUGGAAGCCAUCGUUUCCUGCUUUGAGAAUGUAUUUAUAGCCGGUAAGUUGGAGAGUGUGGUCUACGCUUCAUGGUCUCGAGUACAGGCAGAUUUGAACUGCAUGGAAAGUCUGGCAAGGUCACACGUUAAGUGGAGGUACCUGCUGAAUACCUGCGGGACAGAUUUCCCUAUUAAAACCAACAGGGAGAUUGUGCAAGUACUGAAGGCCCUCCGCGGGAGGAACAGCAUGGAAACGGAAGCCACCAAUGACUAUAAGAAGCAGCGCUGGCAGUAUCACUACAACGUCUCUGACUCCAUCAUCAGGACCGACGUGAAGAAGAGCCCGCCGCCCAUUAGAAGCCCCAUGUUCUCCGGGAACGCCUACUUUGUGGUCACUAGGGCCUUUGUGGAACAUGUGCUGCAUGACAAAGAGGUCAAGGCCUUGCUGGAGUGGGAGAAGGACACCUACAGCCCAGAUGAGCACCUGUGGGCUACUUUGCAGCGGAUGCCAUCUGUGCCAGGAUCCAUGCCUGCCAACGCAAAGUACGACGUGUCGGACAUGCAGGCCAUGGCGCGGGUGGUCAAGUGGAGCUAUUUAGCAGGAGAUGUGAGGAAAGGGGCACCGUAUGAUCCAUGCACAGGGGUGAAUAAACGAGCGGUUUGUGUGUACGGAGCUGGGGACCUGCAGUGGCUCCUGAGACAGCAUCACCUCCUGGCUAAUAAGUUUGAUCCGCUGGUGGAUGACAUUGUCAUUAGAUGCUUGGAGGCUAUUCUCUAUUUUAAAGCUUCAGGCACAGGAUAA